UGCAAAGCUAACUGUCCACCACUUAGUUAGCUUACUUGUCCACCUCGAGAUUUAGCAAUUUACUAAACACAAGUGUGGAAAUUGAUAUAGAAUAACUCAAAGGAUAUGUUCCCACUGAAUUAAAACACACGCCUCACACAGAGACGUUGCUCUGCAACACAGGGUGCUCGAGCAGCAAUGUCAGGGAUUAAAAGGAAAAUAGAAGACAAUGACCCAGAUUAUGAUGACAUUUCGCUGUUCCAAAACAGUAAGAGAAACAAAGCAGUUGAACAUAAUGCCCGAGAAGCAGCGGUACAGAAGAUUGAAACCAUCAUCAGAGAGCAGUUUUCUUUAGAGAUGAAGAACAAAGAGCAUGAGAUAGAUGUGAUAAGCCAGCGACUCAAUGAAGCCAGGAGGAUGAUGGACAAGCUAAGGGCAUGCAUAGUGGCCAAUUACUAUGCCAGCGCUGGAAUAAUAAAGCACCCAGAGCAUGCUUCUAAGAGUGACCCUGCCAUGCUGAACCAUCCAGCCAUCCGCCGGUUCCUAGAGUCCCCAUCCCGGUCCUCUUCCCCUCUCAAUCAGGGCUCUGAGACUCAGUCUCUGGCCCAGUCAGAGUCCGAGUCCCUCUCACAUCAAGGAGAGGGAGCUGAGAGGGAAGGAGAGGGAGCAUGGAGAGAGGACGGCAGCAGGCAGGACCGCAGACCAGGGCGCAAUACCGGCAAGGACACAUUUGGUGUGCCAUUGUCUUCAGGAGCAGAGCAGAGGGUUACAUACCACCCUACCGGAAAUGAAGCCUCAAGACUGUAUGCAAAAAAGACAAUUGUUGUGGGGAAUGUUUCCAGGUACAUUCCCCCAGAUAAGCGGGAAGAAAAUGACCAGUCGACCCACAAGUGGAUGGUGUACGUCAGAGGCUCCAGGAGGGAACCCAGCAUCGACCACUUUGUAAAGAAAGUCUGGUUCUUCUUGCAUCCCAGCUACAAACCCAACGACCUAGUGGAAGUCAGUGAGGCUCCCUUUCAUUUAACACGUCGCGGCUGGGGGGAGUUUCCUGUGAGGAUCCAGAUCCACUUCAAUGACCCGCGCAACAAACGUAUCGACAUCAUCCACCAGCUAAAGCUGGACAGAACAUACACUGGGCUGCAGACACUCGGAGCAGAGACUGUGGUUGAUGUGGAGCUCCAUAGGAACUCUCUUGGGGAGGACUUCAUCCCUCAGCCCUCUUCCUCCAAGGUGACUCACAGAGCAGCCAGCCCCCCAAUGGGCGCCUCCCUGCCCCAGAGUUAUGGACGCUCCAGUUCUCCAGUCCCACACGAUCCCAGUGUGGAUAAAGGUUUCAUCAAAGCGGAGAUGGGCAGGUCUGCAGGCGGCCAUAGCUCCGGCCUCACCGCUGGUGAACGCACCCCAACCCGACCCAAAGUUGCAGACAGGAUCACUCUGGGUACCCAUGGCAACUCUGCCUUCCAGCCCAUCACUGCCAGCUGUAAGAUUGUCCCUCAAGGACAGACGCCAAGCCCUGCUGAGUCUCCGGGGAAAUCGUUCCAACCAAUCACCAUGAGCUGUAAAAUAGUUUCAGGUUCUCCCAUCUCCACCCCGAGCCACUCCCCACUGCCUCGCACCCCCACCACCUCCACCCCUGUCCACAGCAAGCAGGGCUCUUCAUCAGUCCUCAAUAACCCUUACAUCAUUGUUGACAAGCCCGGCCAGGUGAUCGGCAUGGCUUCCUCAUCUGCCGCCUCCACAGGAAGCCCCUCUGCCAAACAGUCUGUGGCCCAAGGCGCUCGCUCUCCAGCCCCCAAACUUCACUCCGGCACCUUCCUCUCAUCAGGGGUGAAGGUUAUUAUUAAGCAGGAGCCAGGGGAAGUUUCGACACAGCAGCAGCAGAUGGUUUCCACAGUAACCAGCCAGCAGCAGCCUGCCGCUACAGCAGCACACCAGUUUGUCGCAGUGAAGGGAGGUCACAUGAUCUCCAUGUCGGCCCAGAAACAGACAGGAGGGACCACGGGGACCACAACUGGCAAGAUGUUAGGCAUCCCAGUUAGCUCUACGCUCCAGUCUGCAGUCAAACAGGUAGCUAUCAGCAGUGGACAAAUUCUGGUCGCCAAGGGCAACCCUUCUGUAUCCAAGGUGAUGGGUGGGAAGCAGGUUUUGGCUCAGGGCGUCGCUAAAGCCAUCGUCAGCGGAGCCAGUGGCCUCUCUGGACAGCAGGCGGCUGCCAAGGCGACCGGGGGGUCAAGUGGCAAGAGUGGAGUGAUGGCUACUCUUCAGCUGCCAGCCAACAACCUGGCUAAUCUGGCCAACCUGCCUCCAGGCACCAAGCUCUACCUGACCACCAACAGUAAGAACCCGUCGGGGAAGGGGAAGCUGCUCCUCAUCCCACAGGGAGCCAUCCUGCGAGCCUCCAGCGCAGGUCAGCAGUCCCAGAGCAGCUCAUCGACGGGCGCUGGGGGCUCUCAGACCUCCUCCUCCUCCUCUUCAUCAUCCAGCAGUCUGCCUUCCAACCUCUCCUACACGUCCUACAUCCUCAAACAGACCCCACAGGGCACGUUUCUGGUGGGCCAGCCAGCACAGGGUUCAGGGAAGCAGGGGGGUUCCAGUUCAGCAGGCCAUGCAGCAUCAUCUCCAGCAAAUGUUACCCAGCAGGCCAUCCGGGUGACAGCCGGACAGAAGGCUGCUAUCCUGGCUCAGGUGGUGGGCGGCUCCCAGGGUGCCCAGGUGAAGUUGUCCGACGGCUCUGUUAAGACGGUCACCGCGGCAGCAGCAGGCCACUUGUCCAAGCCCGGGACGACCACACUGAGGAUGACAGGCGGAGUCAUCACUGCCGCCUCCUCCACCCCCGGCCCCGUCAGCGCCGCAGCAGCCGGUCAACAACAGGCUGCCGAUGGCGGGAAACCUGCCUCUCAGCAUCACUCGCUCCUGGUGGCAGCCAAUCAAGCGGCAGUGAUCAAUGCAGCUAAGAGCGCCAGUGCUGCAGCAGCUGCGGCCGCUGGAGGCAGCCUAUCCAAGGCGGCCGUGGCCUCGCUGGUCAAGGGAGCCGGAAACUCUGCCACCAUGACGAAAAGUGCUGCAGGCUCAACUGGAGCUUUAGUUACUGUGGCCAAAGGCAUUACCAACAUGCCUGUGGUCAGCAUGUCCAAGGGUGCAGGGGCGGGGACUGUGGGGGGUGUGCCCAAGAGCAGCGGCAAGUCAUUGGUCAAUGCCGCCUCGCUGGUCACCGGAAUGGCAGCAGCAGGAGGAAAGACGGGUGCUACUCUCUCAGGCAUGCUGAAGAUCCACUCAGGAGGCUCCAGCUCUCAGCAGACAGUCUUGUCCAUCCCUGCCAACCAGCUGAAGCAGCUGGGGGGGGGCGGCGGCUCUGGAGGGGUGCAGACCAUACUCAUGCCUGUUGGGAAAGACAGAGGCUCAGACAUCCACUGCAGAUUCUCCUCUCUCUCUCUCUGCGUAAUGUCUAAAGGCCCAGUCUCCACUACUCCCUCCUCCUCCUCCACCCCUGGAGCAGCUGGAGCCUCCCCAAGUCCUGGCAGACAGGCGUCCCCCUCCCUUGCCCUGCCUCUGGCACAAGUGAAGACUGAGCCCGGCGCCGGCACAGCUGUCACAGCUGCUCCGUCUCCCCCGGCGACCGCUCCUGUCCCCACCUCUGCAGCUACGAUAGUCAAACAGGAGCAAGGGGCGGAUACCUCUGCUCACGAACUCAUCAACACUGAGCACAUAGAGACCCUGAUGCAGCUGCUGACAGCCGUGGUGAAGAAGUUCCCUCUUAUAGUGCCCGAUAAGAGCGAAGACUCCCAUCCAUUCUGUGCCUCCUCAACAGAACAGUAUUAUUCCUGGACUAUUGGCAAGCGCAGAGCAUCAGAGCUUCAGCGGGCGGUGGCAGUAAAGCGGCUGGUCCAGGAUGUGUUGGACCGCUCGCCCCGCCUGCAGGCCCUCACCCCCCCAAAGACCAGAGAGGUGGUGCAGUGGUGCCGGCAGAGGGGCUACACGCCGCCUGACCUCGAGCCCCAACGCAAGAACGACGACGAGUCCAUCGAGGACAUCCUCACGCAGAUAGACAACGAGCCCGAGUGCCCGACGACCCUGAGCAGCUGUGAGGAGCUGGUGCUGCGGCUGGAGCAGAUGCAGGCUCUGCUGAAGACUGAACCGGAGGAGGCAGACGACAGGAUAGUGGACAUCGUCACUGUGACCCCCCCAUGCCAGAAACUAAAGGUCAAAGAAGAGGAGCAAGAGGCUGAUGCUGAGCCCAAGUUCUUCCUGGGGCCAUGCAUGUCUGCUCAGUUUGUCAGUGACACAGCACAGCAGAUUGGGGUGAACUUCCAGCCAGUCGAGGUGGAGAAGAAUGUGUAUGCUCCAGUUGUUGAAGCCAUGAUUCUGAAGGCUACUGAACAGUUUGCCAGUGACAUCCUGAGAGAAGCUCUGGCUGGGGCGUACGCCAAAUCCCCUCAGAACAGGGCUCCGAGAGAGAUCACAGCCAUGAACAUCCACCAGGCGGUCAGUAGCGUCCCCACCUGUGACUUCCUCACCAACACACACAUGGGUUACCUGUCCAAGGACAAUUGAGGCAUAACAAGAAGACAUUGACUGGUAACCGACCCCUACAGGGAUGUGAGGACUGUUCGACCUCCUGCUUAUGACAGAGAGACUCUUUGAAGUGCGAGAACAUUCACAUCUGGAUGUAGUCCUGUUGCCUCAGGUUGCGCAGUAAUAACUAAUGUACUGUAUUCAUUAACUUAAUUAUAAAAGGGCUCAGCUUGCUCCUCACAGCAGCCGAAUAACAAUUUCUAACACUGGGUAAAUUGUAUCAUUUUAGUCCUAAUGUACCCAGAAGCAGCGUCGUGGGACCGGCGUCAUUUGAUUUUGAGAGGCUGUUGUGCGCUAGCUUACCUCAUAACAAGAUUAUUUUAAUGAUGAAGGGUUUCCUACUAGACAGCCACCUAGUCAGCAGGGGAAAUGAAGCCUGAGCGACUUACAAAAAAAACAAAACCUCAACAGACAGCUGUCCCGGCCCCCCCCCCCUCUUGAUUCUUCACCCUGUUCACAGGUUCAGUUAACAGCGGAGGUGAAGCACAGAUUCACAGCGGGUUGUAAACACUAAUGAACAUCUGGGUAUUAGAGUUUCUAUCAAUCAAGUUGAUAGUAAUGUCUGGUGGGCUAAACAAGGAUUUUAUUCCAAAAGUGUCGUUGCUACAGCAACUGUCUGCGAACACCCUUUGUUGUAUUUUCAGUGUCACCUGCCAGCUGAAUUCUGGCUCUUACAAUACCGCUGUUUUUAAGGGUCCACGAGAAGAGGUAACUGAUUCAUGUUUCUUAUAUUUAAGUUGCAGCGUAUUAUGAAGGGUUAUAAAAAAAAAAACUUGUCUGACUCUUAACAAGACAAAGUCUAAUGAACAAAACAUGUCAUACAUAUCUUAAUAUUUAUCUACUCCCCCUUAGAAAUAGGUUCAGUUGAAAGUGCUUUUAAGUGUUCUGGUUGGCAACCAUAAUCAUGUGAUGUACACAGUAUAUAUGACCAAUUUGAAAUAGAUGGUGUUUUCAAAUCCUGUUUUAUUUUUUUAUCCAAUAACAAUAACUGCGAACAGUAAUGCCCUAACAGUAGUGAGUGUGUGUAUGAAUAUGUGCGUAUAGUGGAUGUAGUCAUCACAAAAGUGAAUGAAUUUGAUGGUGAGUGCUCUGUGUGUGUUUUGUGGGCUGAUGUAGUGUUGGUAAAUCUGUUUGAUGUGGAGCUUUGCAUUAUGUUAAUGUGAGGAUGAUUGGAUGAGUGGAAGUGUUUGGCCUGAGUGGUUGUGAUGCCUGUGCAACCAAAUUAGUGUAGAAGGUUACCAAACGUUGUAUUUUCAUGUUUCAGUGCAAAACCAAAAAUAUAAUCAAUAUUCUUGUAAUAAAAAAGGAAAAACUCGA